ACGACCAGCCGGCAACCAUUAUUUCUUUACUCCCCACCAAGAAUCUUCUGGAAAUCACUCCAUUCUUCCACCGUGUCCCCACCUCUCCGGCCAUUUUCCGGCCACUUUUGCUUUCAUAGUUCAAGUGAUUUGCAAAAGGAUCAAUGGCGACUUCACCGGUGGAGAAAACCGGUGAAAUGACCGGAGAGACUAGUAGAACUAUUCCGACGCCGUUUUUGACUAAAACAUACCAGCUUGUUGACGAUCCGGCAUCCGACGAUAUGAUUUCGUGGAACGAGAAUGGAACAGCGUUCGUUGUUUGGCGACCGGCCGAAUUCGCUCGAGAUCUGCUUCCGAAAUACUUUAAACACAAUAAUUUCUCGAGCUUCAUUCGACAACUAAACACAUAUGGGUUUAGGAAGAUAGUAUCUGAUCGUUGGGAAUUCGCGAAUGAUUACUUUCGUAAAGGUGAAAAAUCGCUUCUACGAGAGAUUCACCGUAGGAAAAUAUCUAUUGCUCCGGCUACACAACCUACGUCCGCGGUAGCAACUGCGAUCCCCUUAGUGACUAUGCCGAUUACCACAUCUUCUCCAGGAAAUUCAAGUGAAGAACUAGGCGGAUCAUCAAAUUCAUCACCGAUUGCUACGAUGAUCAAUGGCCAAACGUGUACCUCAAGGACGCAUCUUCUGGAGGAAAACGAACGAUUGAAGGAACAAAAUUCUAGUUUGAGAUGUGAACUUGAUCAUCUAAGAAGUAUGUGUUGCAAUGUUGUUACUAUGAUGUCGAAUUUCAUUGUAGGACCACCAGAGAUUGAAUCGUCGGAGAAGGUGGUUGAAGGUAGUGCUAGUGAUCCGAUGGUGGAAGAUAAGAUGUGUCCGCGGUUAUUUGGGGUGUCGAUUGGCGCAAAACGUGUGAGGAGUACUACGCAACAAACCUAAUGUAAAUUUAGUAUUUAGUUGUACUGAUUUCUAUUCUUAAUGUAAAAGUCUCAAAAACACGAAAGGAAGUGUUGACAUCAAUAGAGGAGACGGAAAAUAUCGUUGGUGCGAGGGGCCGGAUGUUACAAAAAUGUUUCAGUUGCAAGAAGUUACAUCAAUGCCUUUAUAUAAAUGGAAUGUAUAUUUAAGAAUUUAUUUAUAAAAAA